AUGAAGUCCCAAGUCAUAGCCUGUUUUAUCUCCCUGGCUGCGGUGGUAUUAUCUCACGGGGGUAUAUUUUUCUAUAUUAUUGACGGCAUCAGAUAUGCCGGAAACACAUGGCUUCUCGAUGCUUAUGCGGGGGGUGUAUAUCCUACUCCCGAUCCACCUCCUCCAAGUAUCCAACGACGCUGGUAUUACGCGCCGAUUUUCGACCCAAUGAGCAAAAACAUGACCUGUAGUUAUGAUGGAGCCUCCACGCCAACCGCUCUCCAUGCUACUAUUAAGGCAGGCAGCAACAUCUCUACAGAUUACCAAAACCCCAAUCGGGCUGACUCCUGGCCCAAUGACUGGAACCACUCUGAAGGACCAAUGCUUGCAUAUAUGGCUGCAUGCCCAGGCGAAUCAUGCGAAGGCUUUGACGGAAGUGGCAAGGUCUGGUUCAAAAUUGACCAGACGGGGUUGGCGCCUAGCGCAGUAGAUCUGCGAGGCCCAUGGAUACAGCUGUACACCAUCUCUAGUUCUCUCCAAGGCCCGGGUUAUACUGUAACAAUUCCCAAAAACCUCAAGCCCGGUAAUUAUUUGAUCAGACAUGAGAUUAUCAUGGUUCGGAGCAAGCCACCGCAGUUUUAUCCAGACUGUGCACAGUUGACUGUAACUGGAGAUGGAACUAAGUUUCCGGGAGAUGAAUAUCUAGUCAGCUUUCCAGGAGCCUAUUCACUCGAAGAUCCAGGACUUGCUAUGACAAAUGAUUGGUUCGCCCCUGGUCGUAAUCCUGUGUUACCUGAAUGGGAAACUUUAGAUUAUCCAUUCCCGGGACCCCCUCUCUGGACCGGAGACUAG